AUGGCGUCUAUUGUGGAGGAUCUAAGAAUUACUUUUGGUUUGCGGGAGAAUCAUGCUAAUGAAAUCAAUGAAUGGAUACGUUUUCCUAUGUUCAAAAAGGUCAAGAGUUUCGACAGCCUAACUUUGUUAAGUUUGAAUACUGUUGAUGUCACAAAUGAUACAGUUACUCUUAUUUUAUCAAAUUGUCCGUUGCUUGAAACACUUGCAUUGAAAAAUACAAGAUCUCUUUGGAGUUUAGUUGUUAAUGGUCCAUCACUCAAGUUAAAGCACUUGAAGAUUAAGCAUUGUUUUCAAUUAGCAGUCGUUGAGAUUUUAGCAGAAAACCUCGUCUCUUUCAAAUAUCUCGAGUCUCUCAUGGACAUCUCUUUUGGAAAUGUCCCCUUGCUCUCAGAAGUUUCUCAGGAAUGUUUCUCGUUGAUCCCUGCAGAGUUCCCUGAGUUUAGCAAUCUCAAGCAUUUGGAAUUGAAUUUUCUUGAAAUCAACGAUCAGAGUCUUGCCGUUCUAGUUUCCUUGUUAAGAGCAUGUUCUUGA